AUGACUUACGCACCUCCCGCAGCGGACAUCGAAUGGUCCAAACUCGGCCUCGCGGUCACCGACAUCGUCAACGGCCACGUCGAAUGCAAAUUCGACCCAGAGACCAAAACAUGGCAAGCACCGACCUUCGUGCGGGACCCAUACCUGCGCAUCCACGGACUGGCACCGGGCCUGAACUACGGGCAACAAAUCUACGAAGGCCUCAAAGCAACGCGCAACAACAACGAAGAAAUCCUGCUCUUCCGCCCCGACAAGCACGCCGCACGCAUGUCCCACUCCGCCAGCGUAGUCUCCAUCCCCCCGAUCCCCUCCCCGCUCUUCCUAGACGCGAUCCGCCUCGCCGUGUCCGAAAACGCCGAAUUCGUGCCCCCGCACACCACCAACUCAGCACUGUACAUCCGGCCCCUCGCCUUCGGCACCGGCGGCCACUUCGCCCUGACCCCACCCCGCGACUACCUGUUCUGCGUCUACGUGCAGCCAUUCGGCACAUACCACGGCACGGGAGCAGCGGACGCGAUCGUGAUCGAGGAGUUCGAUCGCGCGGCGCCACGCGGCACCGGCAACGCGAAGGUGGGGGGCAACUAUGCGCCUGUGAUGAAGUACACGGAGCAGGCGCGCAGUGAGGGGUUCCCGUUGACGUUGCAUUUGGAUAGUGCGACGCAGACGGAGAUCGACGAGUUCUCGACGUCGAGUUUCCUCGGGAUUAUGAAGGAGGAGGGACGCGUUAGGCUGGUUGUGCCCGAUAGUCAGUCGGUCAUUGAGAGUGUCACGAGUGAUUCGGUGCAGGGGAUUGCGAGGGCGAUGGGGUGGGUGGUGGAGAAGAGGAGUAUCCCCUGGACGUCCGUCGGCGAGUUUACGGAGGUGCUUGCGGCGGGCACAGCCGCCGCGGUAGUGCCCAUUCGCUCGAUCACCCGGCGGUCGACCGGCGAGAAGCUCGAAUUUGAGAGUGGGCCGCUGUGUCUGGAGUUGUUGACCCGGUUGAAGGGCAUCCAGCGGGGGGAUUUCGGCGACUUCUUUGCGCACUGGGUCGAGGCGGUUAAGGCGCCGGAGACCGUGUAUGAGAAGUAUCGGGCUGUGGGGGGUGAUGUUCCUGCAGUUACUAAGGGGGGUUUGAAUGGUUUUUCCAAGGUGGUUGCUAAUGGGGUUUCGAAUGGGGUGGGUAAUGGUGUUGCGAAUGGGGUUCAUGAUAAGAAGGAGUAG